AUGGCGCAAGCCGUGGGCAGGCUUUUUCGCUGGCGGGGCACCGGGUUGCUGCGGCCAUCGGUGCUUCAAUCGUCACAAGUUCGGAGCUAUGCCUCGAAAACAACAAUCCCGACCUUCUCCUCGACCUCCUCUCCCGAACUCGACCAAGCCCUCGACCGAUUCCGACAAGAUCUCUUCAUACCUCACGGCCUUCCUCGGCAACAGCGAUUGAGCAUGCUCAAGAAAAGGCAUGCCAAGAGGUUGGAGAAUGAACCAGUUACCGUGUUCCUCAAUGGCGAGGAAUCGUACACCUUUCGACACAUGGACCACGCCGACCUGCCAUCGAAACAGGAUGCAGUGAAUGUCCUCCAAAUGAUCAAAUCUCCGAGCGACUUUAAAAACCUCAUCCCCUUCUUGAGAGGACUCCACAUGUCGAAUAUUUCUCUUUCGCCCAAUCGCUGGGAGUAUCUGAUCCGCAAAGCCGCAAAGGUUGACAAGCUCUCACUCAUUAUCGAGUGCGCACGGCAGAGCGAACGCACUGGUCUGACUCUUAAGGACAAGGGUAUUGUUCGACGCCUAUUCUUUGAAAUCCACCGGGUAGCACAGGAGGCGAACUUCGAGGGCGAGAAGGCCAGCCACGCUCUCGGUCUGGCGAAACAUGCGGUCGAUCUGAUGGACGCCCCGCAGCACGCAGUCAAAGACCCCGAACAAGACCCGAAGUGCCAGCCCUUUGUAAUCGGUACACUUCUGGAGCUCAGUGCCGCUCGUGCGUUGAACGAACUUGGUGGCCAAGACGAAGGAAGCCUAGUCCUGAACUAUGCGCAGAAGCUGAUUGCAUCCUGGCCCCGGGGCCACUUCCAGAACAAUGUCUCGAAACCUGUGCAAAUCGAUGAGAGACUGCAGGAAAAUCUCGCCAUCUACAAUGGUAUCCAGAUGACUCUUCUGGUCAAUGGCAUUGCCCUUGAAAAACCAGUUUACAACUUCUUCAAGGGACGCGUCGGCCAGCUCAAGGAUGUGUUGAAGAACCAGCUUGAAAAGUGUGGCUCAGAAGCGGAGCAGUCCGGUUAUACAAGCAAUCUGCUUGGCCGGUCUCUGUUGAAGAUUUAA